AGAUAUACAAUACAUAAAAGAAAGAUUAAUUUUUCAAAGAAUUCUGAUAAACUUGCACCGCGUAGGAAUAGACCUACUUGACGUGGCUGGCGAAGUGUCGGCAAUAGUUGAAGUUGGCAAUUUUCUUGCAGUUAUAGAAUAAAGUGACUUGAAAAUGGUGCUGCUAGCAGCAGCUGUUUGUAACAAGGGCGGGAAAGCCAUUAUUUCCCGUCAGUUUGUUGAAAUGAACAGAUCUAGAAUUGAAGGUCUUUUGGCAGCAUUUCCCAAGCUGAUGAACACUGGUAAACAACACACGUUUGUUGAGACAGACAGUGUCAGAUAUGUGUACCAACCUUUAGAGAAACUGUACAUGCUUCUAAUUACCACAAAAGCCAGCAAUAUCCUUGAGGAUCUGGAGACACUAAGACUGUUUGCUAGAGUUAUUCCAGAAUACUGCCGAAAUUUGGAUGAGUCUGAUAUUGUGGAUCAGGCUUUCCAGUUGAUAUUUGCGUUUGAUGAAAUCGUUGCUUUAGGCUAUAGAGAAAAUGUAAACUUGGCACAGAUUAGAACAUUUACAGAGAUGGAUUCACACGAGGAGAAGGUGUUCUUAGCUGUCAGACAGACACAAGAGAAGGAAGCAAAGGACCAGAUGAGAAAGAGAGCAAAGGAGUUGCAGCGACAGAGACAGGAGGCGGAGAAAAGUGGGCGUGCCCCAUCUGGGUUUGGAGGCGGAGGAUUUGGCAGUUCGUCAUUCAAUAGAGGUGAUAGAGGUGAUUCAGCAACUAUCAUAGAUACCACACCAUCAGAACCUACAAAACCAUCAUACCAAGCACCAAGAAUUCAUGUACGAAUAGAGGAAAAUAUCUCAGUAACAGCUGGUAGAGAUGGUGGCUUACAGAGUUUAGAAUUACAUGGUAUAAUCAAGCUGAAAAUAAACGAUGAGAAGAUGGCUAGAGCUAUUCUAAACAUUGCAAAUAAUGACAAAAAAGGUGUACAGAUGCAGACUCAUCCAAACAUAGACAAGAAAUUAUUUGCAUCUCAAUCAGUAAUAGGACUGAAGAAUCAGGAUAAACCAUUCCCUGUUGGGCAGGAUAUAGGAGUGCUCAAGUGGAGGUUAAGUACACAAGAUGAAUCUUUCAUGCCAUUGUCCAUUAAUUGCUGGCCCAAUGAGAGUGGUAAUGGCUGUGAUGUAAACAUAGAAUAUGAACUUGAACAACCAAAUCUUGAACUAAAUGAUGUCCUUAUUUCAAUACCUAUACCAUCUGGAGUCGGUGCCCCGGUUGUAGGUGACUGUGAUGGCGAGUAUAACUACGACAGUCGGAAAAACGUGUUACAGUGGAAUUUAACGGUCAUCGAUUCAUCAAACAAGUCAGGUAGCAUGGAGUUUAGUGUUGGCGGUCAUCCAGAUGAUUUCUUCCCAGUCAAUGUAUCAUUUGUUUCAAAGAAAUCAUACUGUGAUAUACAGAUUACAGACAUAAAACUAUUGGAGGAUGACUCAUCUGCUAAAUAUUCAUCGGAAGUCUGUUUUUAUGUUGACAAGUAUGAAAUAGUGUAACACAAAACCACUCAACUACUUUAUAUAUUUAUUGGAAGAAAAACAGUUUAAAAACACAAGCAACAAGAAAUUAUGUAACUGGUGAUGAUUGAAUGGAAAUGGGAAAACAAACAAGAUCUUUUAAUCAAGUGUUGAACUGAAAUAAAUAAGCUUGUUAUAAGAAAGAUUCUUUAGUAUAAAUUUUUGCCACAAGAAAUUAUGUAACACAGUAUGAUUGCAUGAAACUGGCAAAACAAAGGAAUCUUUUAACAAAGUGCUGAGCUGAAACUAAUUAGAAAAUAGCUUAUUUACAAGAAAGCUCGUUAAGUAAAAUUUUGCAAAAAAAAAAAAAUUUGGUUAUAUUUCCAGAGUCAUUGUGUUUAAUCCUAUUUGAUCAGUAAAAUUUUAGACAAAAAAACAAAACAAACUAUUUAGUUCCUUCUCCAGAGUCAAGUUUGCUUAAGUCCAUUUGAAAGAUCAUGCAUUUGAUGUAGGAGUGAUUUAAGUGUUCAAAAGUGUAAAAACUGUACUGAAUAUGAUUCAGUGUUGUUUUAAAAAUAGGCAUUGAAGUGCAUCAGGGGGGAUAAGCAAAGGGGGGGGGGGUGUAUUUGUGCCAGAUUGAAAGUGUGUUUGUUGUUUGGAUGUUAUAGGGGGGAUAAUAUGUUUCGUAAUUGAACAUAUUUGUGUCUAUUUGUUGGCUAUUUCAGAGUAUAUUAUAUAUUUAAAAAAAAAAUUUGUCAUUCAUUGAAUUGCUAUCAUCAUUUAUAUGUAAAGACAUAUUUACAGAAUGUUGAUGUAUUUUGACUAUAAGCUGCUCUACCUUUGACAGAUUUGUAUGAAAUUUGUCAUACAGUGUUUUAACCCUGGAUUAUUUAAACAUACUUUAUUAUACUAAUGCAGUGUGAGACAAUGAGCUUGUAAUUCUUUACAAGAUAAGAACAUAGUUUCUAAUGUAUAUCACUCACGUAUGUUUUCAAUUUCAGAUGUAGUUUUUUUAGCUGUCUAAUUCUGUCAUUAUUUGCUUGUAUUUGAUUUCUUUCUAUAGAGAGCGACACUUGUUCAUGAGAAAGAAGUCAAUUGUUCUUUAUAACCUAAAGGAGACUUUGUGGGUUUGCAUUCUUAAGUAAUUGUUUAAUUGCAACUCUGCGGUUUUGGCCAUCUUUACACCAGUGAAGAAGUAUGCAUACUGAAAUUGUAGAUUAAGAGUUAUAAACAUAAUCAUUAAUGGAUAGUCAAUGUUCUGCUCUCUCUAUUACUAAAGAACCUCCAUAUGCCCCUACAUGCCAUGUGGCAAAAAUGUUAAUUAAUGUAUGUUCUUUUGAAAUGAUUUUAUGUUUCUGUUAAGGAAAUGGUUCAGUGAAGCAUUAAUAUUAAGGUUGUCAAUAUUCUAUUUCAUAUUAUUUAUACAUUUGUUAGGUUAUAUUUAAACUGCACCAACUCUGAAUAAUUUUCUUGUUUUUAGAACCAUUCUUAAGUUCUGAUAAAAAUUUAAUCACAAUACAUGUUGUUUAUGGACUGUCGAUAAUUAAACAUUUUUAAAGUGACAUUAUGCAUAUUCAAGGGUAUAUAGUUAAUAGUUUGACACAAUUCCUUUCAGUUUAUAAUUAUCUCUGCAUGAAUCACAAAUAACUCAUGUAGUCCAAGAAAACAUCUGUAAAUGUCCGUUAGAAUUUACCUGUAACGUUCAAUUUAUAUAAAGAAUGGGGCCGUUUGCGUAUAUGAUUGGCAGAAUUAUUACAUUAUAUCCUAAACAUUUCCUCUCAUCAACUGUUGGAUCAAUCGUAUAACAGGCAAUCUUAAAUAUACAGUAUAGUCAAUUCAGUGCAAUUUGACAAUGAAAAAAUGAGCAUAAUGUCACCUUAAAUUGUACGUUGAGGAGAAACAUCAAGCGCUUAGCUGGUCAUAAUGGGACUCAAUUGUGAAAUUUUCAAAAAAAAAAAGAUCUAAUUAUUGACUAUCCUGCUACACAGCACAUUCUGUUAAAGUCUGAUUCUGGCAUGAAACAAGGUUAAGUAACCAUGAAUUGUGUUAAGUGUGUUUGUAAUAAAAUGAGUAAUAUUUCUCCAUUUUCCUUGAGUUGUGUCCCUUGAACUUGACAUUCAAAAUAUACAUAAUCUGACACCGAUUGUUAAUUUAUCUGUUGGCAAUUUGUUUAUUAACUGUUGUACCAGUUUUUUUUCUGUGCAUUCGAUUGAUUUGCUACCAAAAACAAAAUACUUAAAUUGUUGAGAUAUUCAAUGGCCUAGAAAAACAGUGGAACUGUUUUUUAACAGGAUUUUUUUUUUACCCAUGUUAGUAAAAAUAUGUUUCCAGAGGCCAUUAUUGUGCUGUGUAUUUCAUUCAUUUGAUUAACUUAAAGGUGUUUGUGACCUGAGCCAUAUACUAAAAUCACUUGUUUUCAUAUUUGUCCCGGUAUAAAGAAUUUCACACUGCAAUAUAGUACAUAGCUUCAUUGUUGAAAAAGUUGCCAAAAUAACCUAAAUGAAAAUGGUAACUUAUAAUAUAUUAACUUUAAUAGGAACUUGUUUUCAGUGUACUAAUAUGUUACCUUACAUGUACAAUGUAUGUGGUUUAUUCAAUUUAAUUGUUGAUGGAAUACUGGACUGAGAUUUGGUAUUUCAGCAUUUGUUUACAUAUUGAAUGAGGGUGAUGAAAAAAAAUUGUGCUUUACUGAUGGACAUGAUUUAUAAAUAUUUAAAUGAUAUGUACAUAAUAGAAAUAAAUAAAAAAAAUAUUGUACAGAUCUGUCAA